AUGAGCGAAUCUGAUAGUGGUGGUGGUGGAAUGGAACUUGAUCCAGCAUUUGCUUCAAUACCAAAAAAUAAAUCUUGUUUAUGUAUAUGGCGUGUUGAGAAUUUUAAAUUAGUUGCUGUACCGCGUGAAUCUCAUGGAAUAUUUUUUAAAGGUGAUGCUUAUGUUAUUUAUCAUGCUGAAGAAAUAAAAAAAUCUACCGGUUCAUCAACACCAUCAACUCUUAUACAA